AUGAUUUAGUCAUCUAUUGGUAUCCAAAUUAUUAUUAGCACUUGGUUCUUCUGAUUUCAAUUGAGUGUAAUAAAAUAUCAGUACCAUUUUAUACUAAGGAUCCACCAUAUUUUAUUCAGUCUUAGAAUAAAAAUUAUAAGUUGCUUGUUGACAUCAACAUUCUAAUGUCAAUUAGGUGAGUUUCUAAAUUANAAAAUUAUAAUCCAAAAUCUUUAUCUUUUAAAUAUAGACUAAUUUAAAAAAUCAAUCAAGGAAGGAGAAUGUUAAGAAAUUGAAUAGGUCAAAAGCUCAGUUCUAGAAUGUCCAUUAUCACUACCUACCAAAUCAUGGUCAGCACAAAUAAUAGAUAAUAUCCAUUUGAUAAAAAAUUAGUUACUUUGCAAUUAGUUUUUAAUAUUUUAAGAUCAACCUUUUAAUUUUAGUUUAAUAAAAAUAAAAUAAAUUGAUAAUGCUCAUUAAGUUAUUGUGAAUGAUUUAUUUAUGUAGGAUGUAAAUUGUAAUAAUUGCAUAUAUGGAUUAUUUUAAAUUGUAGAUAUUUAAAUAUCAAAAUCUGAAUCUUUGUAAUUUUAGUCAAUAAGAAUUUAAAAUUGCAUUUGUGGGCUAAUAGGAUGUUUAUCAAUCUUGAAAAAUUAGGAUGAUUUGUUAUUUCAUAAUGAACUAUUCUAAAGUGAUCGCCUAUUAUAAUAUAAAAAGCUUGAUGAUAUUAUGUUUAACUUAGAUUACUUAACAAUUAUUUCUAAUUGUAUAUUUUCAAAUAACUCUGCACAUUUUGGAGGAUCUUUAUUUAUUUAAGAAAUCGAUGUUUUUAUUACAAACAGCUAGUUCUACAAUAAUUUUGCUUAAAUUGGAGGGGCUAUUUAUUUUUUUUCCAAAUAGAAAUAAUUGUAUUUUUUCAGAACUAAAUUUUUUAAUAAUCGAGCCUCAAUAGCUGGUGCAGUGUUUUUUAAUAAUUAAUCUCUUCAAUUAACUAAAGAAUUAGAAAUUGAGUUUGCAGACAAUAAUUCAACUUAAUAUGAAUAAAAUAUUUUUGAAAAGCCACGCUCAUUGACAAUAUCAAUUGAUGGAGGUAAGACUCUAUUAGAAAAGAAAUUUAUAAAAAAAAACAAGGAUGAAAUAAUUGAAUAAAUAAGAAUCAUUCCUUAUAAGAUUUUAGGGUAUCAAUCUAAAGUAAAUUAAUUGACUCUUCCAUCAGGAAGAAGUAUUUAAUCAUAUCAAUAUUUUGAUGAGUACACAUACUCUUUUAUCCCUUACAAUUUAACUUUUAGAAUCAUAGCUUUAGAUAAAUUCAACAAUCAAAAUAAAGGUUUAUAUGAUUCAAGUUGCACAUUAAAACCUAUGGCAUUUAAUUUAACUUCAUAAUCAGAAGCUACAUACGUUACAUAUAGUCUAUCGAAAUAUCAUGCUUUUUUUGAUAACAACACUGGAGAUUAUAAUUUAGAUGAUUUAGUCAUCUAUUGGAAUCCAAAUUAUGAUUAGGACUUGGUUCUUCGGAUUUCAAUUGAGUGCAAUGAAAUAUCAGUACCAUUUUAUAAUAAGGAUCCACCAUAUGUUAUUCAGUCUUAGAAUAAUAAUUACAAGUUACUUGUAGACAUCAGAACAUUCUAAUGUUAAUUAGGUGAGUUUCUAAAUCAGACAACUGGAGGGUGUAUGAUUUGUGAUAAAUUUCAAAAUUAAUAUUAAGUAACUAGAAAAGCCCUAAAUUGCAGUUACAAAGACGAUACGAAAAUUAGACUGAUAGAAUCUUCAAUGAUUGAAUUAAGAUAAUAUUAUUGGAGAGCCUAUAACUAUAGUUAAAAUAUUGAAUAUUGCUAUCACUUCCCUAAAAAUUGUUAAGGUGGAUGGAAACCAGGAGAUAAAUCUUGUACAAGAGGUUAAGGGUCAUUCUAUUUAAGUUCUGCUUAUUAAUAUUUAAAUUGCAACAUAACUAUUUAUAAUAUACUUUCGAUCACUUUUGUAAUCUUAUGGACAUUAUUAUCUACUUUAAAUUCUUCUAGCAGUACUUCAAGAAAUAGUUACAGAAUUUAUAGCUAGGCUAAGAUUAAGAAUAUUUGGGGUUAAAUUUCCAAUCAAAAAAAUAUCAACAGCUAUACUAAUUAAACUUUUGACCAACUACUUUUAAAUAAUUUCUACUCUCUUUACAUUUUUAUUAGUAUUCCCAAUUGAUUUAUCAGCUAUUAUUAAUAGUUGAGCUAAUCCUAUUGAAUCUAUAGCUUUUUCUCUUGAUUGCUACUUAAUUUCAAUUACUGAUUUAUUAAUUAUAUUUUUCAGAGUUAUCUGGAGUUUAAUCAUGGCUUUAUCAUAUAUUCUAAUAUCUAUUGGAUUAUGUGCUUUAGCAAUUGCACUCAAAAUAAUUCACCAUGAUUUUUCAUUUAUUACUAUAUCACUAAUUUAUUUGUUUAUCUAUUUCAAACCAAAUUUAAUUGGACAACUUAUUUCUUUGUUAUCCUAUAGAAUAAUUUCAAAUGAAUUUUAGAUUUCAAGCAAUGUGUCUAAAAAGGAUUAUUGAUUUUGAUAUUCCUUUGUUAAUCAUAGCAUUACAAUUCCAACUAUCCUUUAGUAUGGAGUUUAUAAAAAUAGGCAAAAACUUGACAAAACAACCACUCGCAAGACUUGGGGUUAUCUAUAUCAUGAGUAUAUCAAAAAAGUCUAUUUUGGGAAACAAUUAAAAUAAUUUAACAAAAGGAGCUAAUAAUAUUGGCUCGAAUUUAUUAUGA